CGCCGCGCUGCGGUCCCGAGCCCGAGACCGUCCUGCCCACUGCGGUCGCCCGCCGAGCUUCUCGCGCGCGGGAUUCGGGGCUGAGAGGCGGGAUGCUCUGGUGGCUGGUCCUGCCGGCCCUGGUGGCCUUCUGCGGUGCUCACGCUGGUGACCAGGACAAGGACACCGCCUUUGACCUUUUCAGCAUCAGCAACAUAAACCGCAAGACCAUCGGGGCCAAGCAGUUCCGGGGGCCCGACCCCAGCGGGCCGGCUUACCGGUUCCUGCGGUUUGACUACAUCCCGCCGGUAAGCGCAGACGCCCUCGGCCGGAUCGCUCGGACCAUGCGGGAGAAGGACGGCUUCUUCCUGACGGCCAGCCUCAAGCAGGACCGCAAGUCCCGGGGCACACUGCUGGCCCUGGACGGCCCCGGCGCCGCCCACAGGCAGUUCGAGAUCGUCUCCAACGGCCCAGCGGACACGCUGGACCUCACCUACUGGAUUGACGGCGCCCAGCACGUCGUCUCCUUAGAAGACGUGGGCCUGGCUGACUCCCAGUGGAAGAAUGUCACUGUGCAGGUGACAGGCGAGACCUUCAGCUUGUACGUGGGCUGCGACCUGAUCGACAGCUUCACUCUGGACGAGCCCUUCUACGAGCAGCUGAAAACGGAGAAGAGCAGGAUGUACGUGGCCAAGGGCUCUGUUCGAGAGAGUCACUUCAGGGGCUUGCUGCAGAAUGUCUACCUACUUUUUGAAAAUUCUGUGGAAGAUGUUCUAAGCAAGAAAGGCUGUCAGCAAAACCAGAGAGCUGAAGCCAACGCCAUCAGCGAGAACACGGACAAGCUGCACCUGAGCCCGCCCAUCACCGUCGUCACCGGGCACGUGGGCCAGGGUGCAGAGCAGAGGCCGGGCGUGUGCGAGCGCUCCUGUGAGGAGCUGGGCAGCAUGGUCAGUGAGCUGUCAGGGCUGCGUGUCAUCGUCAACCAGCUGCAUGACAACCUGAAGAAAGUGUCGAAUGAUAACCAGUUUCUGUGGGAGCUCAUCGGCGGCCCCCCGAAGACAAGGAACAUGUCAGCUUGCUGGCAGGAUGGCCGGUUCUUUGCAGAAAAUGAAACCUGGGUGGUGGACAGCUGCACGAAGUGCACCUGCAAGAAAUUUAAAACUGUUUGCCACCAAAUCUCCUGCCCGCCCGUGACCUGCGCCAACCCGUCCGUGGUGGAGGGUGAAUGCUGUCCCUCCUGCUUCCGCUCAGAGGACAGUGAGGAAGGCUGGUCCCCAUGGGCAGAGUGGACGGAGUGCUCUGCCACCUGUGGGCCUGGCACCCAGCAGAGAGGGCGCUCCUGUGACGUCACCAGCAACACCUGCUUGGGGCCAUCCAUCCAGACACGGGCAUGCAGCCUGGGAAAGUGUGACAACCGCAUCCGGCAGAACGGCGGCUGGAGCCACUGGUCGCCGUGGUCGUCCUGCUCCGUGACCUGUGGAGGCGGCAACAUCACACGGGUCCGGCUUUGCAACUCGCCGGUGCCCCAGAUGGGGGGCAAGAGCUGCAAGGGCAGUGGCCGCGAGACCAGAGGCUGCCAGGGCAUCCCCUGCCCGGUUGACGGUCGCUGGAGCCCCUGGUCGCCGUGGUCUGCCUGCACGGUCACCUGUGCUGGAGGCAUCCGGGAGCGGACGCGCGUCUGUAACAGCCCGGAGCCCCAGCACGGAGGGAAGGCCUGCGUGGGGGACGUCACGGAGCAUCAGAUGUGCAACCGGAGAAGCUGCCCCAUCGACGGCUGCCUGUCCAACCCCUGCUUCCCCGGAGCCCAGUGCAGCAGCUUCCCCGACGGGUCCUGGUCCUGCGGCUCCUGCCCGGUGGGCUUCCUGGGCAAUGGCACCCACUGCGAGGACCUGGACGAGUGCGCCGUGGUCACCGACGUCUGCUUCUCGAUCAGCAAGUCGGACCGCUGUGUCAACACCAACCCUGGGUUCCACUGCCUGCCGUGCCCGCCUCGCUACAAGGGCAGCCAGCCCUUUGGCAUGGGCCUGGAGGCGGCCAGGACGGAAAAGCAGGUGUGUGAGCCUGAGAACCCAUGCAAGGACGGGACCCACAGCUGCCACAAGCAUGCAGACUGCAUCUACCUGGGCCACUUCAGUGACCCCAUGUACAAGUGCGAGUGCCAGACGGGCUACGCGGGUGACGGGCUCAUCUGCGGGGAGGACUCGGACCUGGACGGCUGGCCCAACAAGAACCUCGUCUGUGCCACCAACGCCACGUACCACUGCAUCAAGGACAACUGCCCCCUCCUGCCUAAUUCCGGGCAAGAAGAUUUUGACAAGGACGGCAUUGGCGACGCCUGUGAUGACGACGACGACAAUGACGGCGUCAGUGAUGAGAAGGACAACUGCCAGCUUCUCUUCAACCCCCGUCAGUUUGACUACGACAAAGAUGAGGUUGGGGACCGCUGUGACAACUGCCCCUACGUGCACAACCCUGCGCAGAUCGACACAGACAACAACGGCGAGGGCGAUGCGUGCUCCGUGGACAUCGACGGGGACGAUGUCUUCAACGAGCGAGACAAUUGUCCCUACGUCUACAACACUGACCAGAGAGACACCGACGGCGACGGUGUGGGCGACCACUGUGACAACUGCCCCCUGGUGCACAACCCCGAUCAGACCGACGUGGACAAUGACCUCGUGGGUGACCAGUGUGACAACAAUGAGGACAUUGAUGAGGAUGGCCACCAGAACAACCAGGACAACUGUCCCUACGUUUCCAAUGCCAACCAGGCUGACCAUGACAGUGACGGCAAGGGCGACGCCUGCGACUCGGACGAUGACAACGAUGGGGUGCCCGACGACAGGGACAACUGCCGACUGGUCUUCAACCCCGACCAGGAAGACUCAGAUGGUGACGGGCGAGGAGAUGCUUGUAAAGACGACUUUGACAAUGACAGUGUCCUGGAUAUUGACGAUGUGUGCCCUGAAAACAAUGCCAUCAGUGAGACCGACUUCAGGAACUUCCAGAUGGUGCACCUGGACCCCAAGGGCACCACGCAGAUCGACCCCACCUGGGUCAUCCGCCAUCAGGGCAAGGAGCUGGUGCAGACAGCUAACUCCGACCCUGGCAUUGCUGUCGGUUUUGAUGAGUUUGGGUCUGUGGACUUCAGCGGCACGUUUUACGUCAACACCGACCGGGACGAUGACUACGCCGGCUUUGUCUUCGGCUACCAGUCCAGCAGCCGCUUCUAUGUGGUCAUGUGGAAGCAGGUGACUCAGACCUACUGGGAGGACCAGCCCACCCGGGCCUACGGCUACUCGGGCGUGUCCCUCAAGGUGGUCAACUCCACCACGGGGACAGGCGAGCACCUGAGGAACGCUCUGUGGCACACCGGGAACACGGCGGGGCAGGUCCGUACAUUAUGGCAUGACCCCAAAAAUAUUGGCUGGAAAGACUACACCGCGUACAGGUGGCACCUGACCCACAGGCCGAAGACUGGUUACAUACGAGUCUUAGUGCACGAAGGGAAGCAGAUCAUGGCGGACUCAGGACCCAUCUACGACCACACCUACGCUGGCGGCCGGCUGGGCCUGUUUGUCUUCUCUCAAGAAAUGGUCUAUUUCUCGGACCUCAAGUAUGAAUGCAGAGAUGCGUAAACAAGAUUUGCUGCAUUUCCAGCCACGUACUGUAGAUGCUGUUACCUAGACACCUCAGUCCACCCUGGUACUUCCGGCUUCUCUCUCUCUAGCAGCACCUGCUGUCCUUGACCUUAACUUCCAUGGUUCUUCACCUCCUGUCAUCAACCCCAAGCCCAAGUGCCUUCGAGGAUAAAGGUUAACGGGACCCAGAGAUGAACAUCCAACACACUGCAGAAAAAUGUUUGCCGAUACAUGACUUUAUGUGGAGUGACAAUUGACAUAACAUGACAUUGUUUGUUUCUUGUUUGUUUAAAAAGAAGGACGUUUACAUAUAAAAUGUAAUUACUUAUUGUAUUUAUGUGUAUACGGAGUUGAAGGGAAUAUUGUGUGAGAGCAUUCUCGUAGGUUAAGCAGGAACGAUGUCACCACACUGCUGCCACUGCUCACAUUUGUCCCUGAUCUUGGGUCACAGCUGUUCUAUAACACACAACCCUGUUAGGUCAGCUCAAGGGUGAAGUGAUGUCAGAGUCAGGAGGCCAGGAGAUAGCAGUCACGUGAUGGAGGAUGUCCCUUAACUAUUUGGAACAGUAAAAACGAUGCUGAGAAUAAAUGAGGCCCCCUCGCACCCCCCUUGUCCUAUAGUGAAGACCCUCUCCCUCGGCAGAGAUGCGUUUUAUCAGCGAAGGAAUAUCCCCGCUGAACAGCUCCCACGUGGCUCAGACGUGGGCCUGGCAAAGCCCCACGUGUGACUGUUGAGCAGAGCGAGGUGCCACCACUGCGGGUGGCCACACGUGCUGUGUGGUGCUGUUAUAGACCUGGCAGAACGCCUGGCCACUUGUCACUUGAUUCUGCAUUCUGAUCACCGGAGCUGUGCGUGAGCUUCUUCCCCAAGUCUGCUCCUGGAGACCAGACAGGCAGGCAGACGGCGAGCUGGCAAACACACUUUGGCAUCUGAGUCCCCGUCUAGGCUUCGAAAGCAUAGGAAAUGCACCCCCCCACCCAACAUGGUGACAUGUCUCAUUAAGGUUCCAGUUAUAAAUGUGGUGUUAAUAUUUGUUAAAUGAAUACAGAAUGCAAUUCCAUUCAACAAUAACUUAUUUUUAAAAUGCCAAGGAACAUGUAUGUAGUAUAAUUUUGAGAAAUAAACAUAACUAGCAUAGAAUAAUAUAAAGAUACAAUAACAACAAAAUAUCUUCCUGUCAAAAUACGAAGCUUUAUCAUUUAUGUUGUCAUGACAAAACAUGCUGUAAAAUGUAAGAGAAUAAAUAAUAAUGAAGAGUUUAUAACGGAACCUUAAUAUAUAUUGUUGCCAGUGACUUUAAUUCAACAUUUUUUUACUGUUAUUUAUCUGCUGUACACAGGAUUUUAAAAACCUUGCUGAUGAAAAGUCAGUGCUGUCUCGCCAGAACCACCCAUUAGUCAGUCAUAUGGUCACAUACACAGGUUUGAUUUAUAUUUUGCUGUAAGGGGGGUGAUCUUUCUGCAGGAAACCUUACUCUCACUCCACAUAAGGGGUUUAAGCAGAGGACUUUGUCUUGUCUGUCUGAUGUGAGCAAACCUUCCUUCUCUAUUAAGAGUGACUUCACUUUGAUGUCAAAUAGAAUCUGCAACCUUCGUUUUAACGCCCACACUUCAUUUGAUAAAGUUGUGUUUGUUGCUUCCUUUGAGGCUGAUUUUCUUUGGUGUUGCUGCACUCUCUCCUGUGAACUGCACCCCUAAGAUGACCCGGGUUGGGAGAAGGCACUGAACACAAAUCGUGAGGACUGUAGGUCCUGGGCAUUGGUCGAAGGACAGUGGUGUGGGGUGAGGAUGUGAAUAUUUACAAUGUGCCAUAUUUUUUGUAAAUUAUUUAUGUUUUUUUAAACGAACUUCUCAUACAGAUUGAUGAAACUUCAUUUGUUUUGCCAGAGACUGUAAAUAUUUAUUUAUUUGUUCACAUGGUCAGCAUUUCACCACUGAAACCCUGCAUCUAGCUAGAGCCUCAGUUUUAUGCUUUAAAGAUUAAUA